AUGAUCAUGCGACAGGCAGCAUGCUUGUUGCUGGAAACGGCCAUGGAGGGAUGCAACUUCACGAGGACAUCUGUCACCCUGAUCCAGAAGCUUGCGCUGGACGCCAUGAAGAUCGCGUUGAAUUCCGCAGCUUUGAUCGAGAUCUCUCCGCGACUGUUUUACACCCUUGUGGGCUUCUCUUUGCUCUACACGUUCGUUUCCCUGGUGUUCUUCGCCGCGCCACUGAUGAAAAUUCAGCGCCGCGUGCUGGCAGUCGAGGCCGAUCUACGUUACGUGUUGGUGCGGCUGCGAGAGCAUGCUGAAUCCGUUGCCUUCUUCCGCGGCUACCAGUAUGAGCGAGAGUGCUCCGAGACGGUCCUAGACCAUGUGAUCUGGUCCAGCUACAAGUUUGCAGCUAUCGAGCUGGUUUACAAAAUGAUCACCGGUGUGGUCCAAGCAGGCUUUGGCCUCAUGCCGAUGCUUGUCAUUGCCCCGAUGUACUUCAAGGGCACGGUGUCCUUUGGCACGAUUCAACAGAGCCAGCUCCUCUUCCAGACCCUCCUGAGCGGCAUGAUGGAUCUUGGCAAGGAGCUGAACGACAUUGCCAAGCUGGGUGCGGAGUCUGUCCGUGUCAAGGACGGAGUGGAGAUUGUGACGCACGUGAGGCUGGCGAAGAUCGGAGGAGAAACAAGCGUCGAAGACCGGAACUAA